UUCAGUCCUGAUUGAUUCCAGAGACUUCAGACUGGUCAGAACUUCAGACUGGUCAGAAACCAGACGGUUUGGUUUGAGAACAAACAGGAACUCUUGAACUCUCCAUCAACUUGACUCAAACCGGUGUCAUCAGGAUGACUUCCUCUACCUGUUCGUUCCUCUUCCUCAGCUUCAUGUUUUCCUCCUUUGGACUCGUUGAUCCCACCGCCCUUAAAGUCCGGAUCACCAACCACGCCCUGAACAUGUUGAGAGACGAAGCUCUUGCCAUGUUUCAGGAGCAAGUGGAAGGAAAAGUGUUUGAAGGUUUCCAGUUUUUGAACUGUAAAUUCAGCAAUGUGAAGUUAACUGGGGUCAAUGUCAAUGAAGCUCAUCUUUCGUUCUUGGAGAACUAUGGCUUUAAGUUCGUGAUUCAAAACUUUGGCUUUACCUUGAACUUUGACGUCAACGUUAAUCUUUGUUUCUUUCAACCAGGGACGUCCCGAGAAUUCAUCUUUACAGGUGCAGCCGUCAACAUGGAGGCUGGUCUGGCCAGAAAUAAAAAGGGAGGGCUGGCAGCUGACAUGAGGGCCUGCCAGGCUUCAGCCAACCAAAUUAGAUUUGUUGGAGCAGCUCAAUUCGGGAAUCUUCAGAAGAGAGCUGAAGAAAACAUUGCGGCCUAUUUAAUCUCCAAUAAGAUCUGCCCCAUUUUCAAGAACUAUCUUCUGGAUUUGGUGAACAGUAUUCCAAUGGUUGCAUCGCUUCCCCUAGACUUGGGCAUCAACUUUGACUAUACCCUAACCAGAGACAUCCAAGUGACAGCUACAAGCCUGGACAUGACUUUCAAAGGCCUGGCGUACAGGCAGCCACAGCCCCCUCCUGUGGUGCAAAAAGUCGUGGAGCCAGUUUUCACGGAGAACGACCUGAUGGCUUAUGUGGGCAUCUCUGAAUUUUUUUUCAACUCUGCUGCCAGAUGCCUCUACGAAGCAGGAUUCCUAACUGAUAGGAUAAACUCAAGGGCCAUGGAGGCCGCUUCAAGAGUCAAGCAGUUCUUCACACAACCGUGGAACCUGGACCAACCUCUUAAAAGUCAGGUGGGGCUCACCGAAGCGCCAACCAUCAGCAUCACCCAGCGUGACGGUUUCAUUUUCAACAUGAGAAUCAGAGUCAAGGUCACUGCCCGUGAAGCUAGAACGCCCGACGUCUUCUCCGUGUCCGCGGUUUGCCCUGUUAGCAUGAUGGUUACUAUCGAGAGGAAUCGUCUCACUUUGCCUUCGAAAGACAUCAAUUGUCGAAUUGAAACCAGCAAUACAUUUAAGAAAGUUAUGGUAGUUCCUCUGAACAAGCUGAUUAACAACGAAGCCACAAAGUUCCUGUCAGGUUGGUUUGGUGAAGGAGUUGAGAUGCCUAUUCCUCCAGAAAUUAACUUCAUCCAGGGAAACAUCCGAUAUGAAGAUGGCUACGUAGUGGUGGGAGGAAACCUGCGCCCCACUCCAGCUGGGAGGCAGAGAGUGGGAGAAAUGGUGAUAGGUGAUGGGAGAUAAACGGCUCAGACCAGAACCUUCCUGUG